GCCGUCCUAUAAAUCUCCAGCUUUAAAGCAUCAGGUGCAUAAUGCCAAACCUCGUGGAUGAGCACACGGCUUUUUACCUUUGGGUGCAUGGUUUUAAUUUGGGGCAAGCCUUUGGGAUAUUAACACCCAGGUCGAUGAGGCAUAAGAAGAAGCCACAAAGCAAAACAGGGGCCAGACUUACAUAAUACAAGGAACUGUAUUUCCAUCUAUGUAUUGCAGAAUCAGCAGACGUAGCAAAACCGUAAAGACAUCAAACCACCUUGCAAGGAGCACCAGCAUUUGGUUAUAGUCAUAGAGGCAAUUUUUGAAGAAUAGCCUGUGUCCAAGAAUUACAAAUUGUGGUCAGAAUAAUAUGCGAACAGAUCAUGAAGAACUCUGUGGCAGCAGUUACGGAUCUUUCUGUCUGAAUGGUGGCAUCUGUUAUACCAUACCUACUGCUUCCAAUCCUUUUUGCAGGUGUGUUGACAACUACACAGGAGCUCGUUGUGAAGCAGUUUUGCUCCCGAGCAUCAAGAGUCAUUCAAGGGGAGAACUGUUUGUCGCUGUGUUGGCUUCGGUCGUCGUUCUGAGCGUCCUGGUAGCUGGAGCAAUUUUUUUCCUUUGCAGGCCAUUUAUAGCUUUAAGCCACUUCCAUCGAGGAGCGCGAGAGAGGAAGCUAAAACCCACCGGCAUCCUCGGAUUAUCCGCCUUCUGUCUCUCUGCUGUCUCACUCCCUUUAUCCCUUCUUGCCAGGAAAGGCCAGAUUCCGCGGGCCACUGCCCUGGAGCGCGGCGAACACCUGAUUGAGGGAAACAGCAGCGAUGCUUGCAACAUCAUGCACCUGAAGCCCCCAUCCCAAGUCCUGGACCGCUGCAGACCCCAACUCCCAAUUCAAUACACACACCCCAUAAAAGAGCACCCUGUGGAUCUGAUGGAAAGGGUGUCUUUUCAGAAAUAACCAAAUAAAGAAAUCCAAAGAAGAAAUUAUGGAGCAGCUGCAAGAGAAGCAGAAGUGGAAAAGCUGAAACCCCAUUGAAGAAUAUGGCAUCGGUAUCGGCGUUCCCAGAUACUCUGAAAGAAGAACGUGAUUUACAGGACCAAAUAUAUAUGCAGAAAUAUGCACAGCUUAUGUUCUUACUGUUCCCAGACACAGGAGGUCAGAGAUAUCUGGAGAUGCUAAGAGCAGAAUCAGAAUCAACUCCAUCCUCAGUAAUUAAAAUAGACAAAAUGCUUUUAAAGUAUUUCCGAACAUUAGUAGGAAGUAUUGGAAAGCUGUCGGAUCCCUUCCAUCCGUUUUUACUGAAGAUAAAAUCAACUUUACGCUUUGGUAUCCUGCAAUGGACUUUGCAUGUCAGGAGCAAGCUUAGUGAACAAAAUGAGAGCCAUUCUCUGUAAAGGUUUCCACAACUUACAACGGUGAUAUCUAGUGAGCCUUUUUAGGGUCACGAUAUAGUCACUGUAUUCCUUUUUUUUUUUCUUUUUGUUUGAAACAUUUCCAUUUGUAAAUAAAGUUUAUCCUUUUCUCUCCAAA